UUUUCAUUGUUCAAUUUUGUUUUGUUUUUCAGAUGAUUAUUUGUCUGGCAGUAUUGCAAUGUGUGGUCGCAGUGAUGUCAAUGAGGGGACCCCACCACCCCAGAGGCCACUAUCACUACCAACCUAAGGGUAAUAAAAAGUUGACUCAAGAUACGGAGGCUCUGCAAGAUGUCGAGCACAUAAAAGAGGAUCUGAUGAAUGUAAAUCCAGAAGUAGAUACCAGUAAGAUGACGCCUGAGGAGUUGGAAUUCCAUUACUUCAAGCUACACGACUUCGACAAUAACACUAAACUGGAUGGUCUGGAGAUACUGCACGCUAUACAUCAUUCAACCCAUCACGACCACGACGACUCUGAAGAGAACCACGGAGACAACCGGCACAAGUCUUCCGACCUCAAGGACCGCGUCGCACCCGACAAAUACCAGUCCACGGAUGAUGAUAUGCGCUACUUCACAGAUUUGAUCGACCAGGUUUUAGCAGAGGAUGACUUAGACAAUGAUGGCUACCUGAGCUAUGUAGAAUACGUGGUGGGCCGAAAGAAAGACCAAGAUAAGAGAAACGCGGGAUUAAACAGACGAUAAAAAUGGAAUAAAUAUUUUUUCACAAUU